AUGCAGGACGUUUGCCAGGAGCACGGAGUGUCAGCCUUCGCGACCCCCGCAGGGCGGUGGAGCGCGGCCAACCUCACGCUCGUGCUGCGACUGCUGAAGCUCGCUCUCCCGCAGCCCAACCACCUGCCCGCCACGGCGCAAGGGGCGUACGAGGCCGUGCAGAUGCGCAACACGUGGGUCGUCUACGGAGCGUGUGCGAACGGCUGCACCUCCUGGACCAAGAGCGACAUCGAGGCGUCGAUGGGACAGGACGAUCCUCUGCUGUGCCCGUGCUGCAAGGGCUCGCCGCUGCGACCAAACAGCGACGUGCUUGUGGCACCAUUCUGGUACUUUCCGGUGCCUGAGGUGCUCACGUGCAUCAUGCGGGACCCAGGAUACACCACGGCGUUCCUGCGCGACGCCGACACGUGGCGAUACCAGCGGGCGCGGGCCGCAGGCGCAGACGCCGGCGUGUCGGAGGACAGCGAUGCUUCCUGGGUGGACUGGCGCAACUUCCCGCACUACCAAGCCGUGCGGAGCAAGAUCUCGCCAGCGGAGCAGGAGACCUUCGACGAUUGGACGACGGUGCACCUCCUCAUCGGCGGUGACGGCGCCGCCGUCUUCCAGCACGUCAAGCACACAGCGUUCGUCAUCGCGGCCAGGAUCAUGAACGUUCCGCCCGCUGUUUCUGGCGAGCGCUGGUGCACCCUGCCCCUCGUGAUCGUUCCGGGCCCGAAGGAGCCUCGGUCGACCCGCGGGUACAUGGCGCCGAUCGCCAAGGACGUCGCGGCCCUGCGUGGAGGCGUGCCUUGCACCGCGGCGGUGUGGGCGACCGAGGUUGCACGACGGCCGGCGCUCCAAGUGGGUGGUGCGCCUCGGCGGGACGUGCUUGACGUGCCGGUCACGGUGCGCGCGUACAUCCACGGCCUGACAGGCGACACGCCGGCGCGCACGUUGUGCACGCACGCCUCCGGGACGGGUAGUCGCUUCGGUGCGUGCCCGUGGUGCGCCAUCGUGGGCGACCACCACGCCAACGCCAUGCGCUUCUUCGGCUACCACGACCCGACGUACUGGCACGCCCCGUGGCGCGAGGAGGCGGACACGCGUCGGCCGCGCGGGGGCGAGCAGCUGCGGGUGUUCGGCCGCUGGCCAGACGCGGAGAACGGCGAGACCCAUCGCGAGUUCCCGCCCGACGCGAAGGUGGGCGACGACGGGACGCGUCUCACAGCUGCUGAGAUGGCUGCACGCCACGCUGCCGACGACCCGGAGGCGUGGAAGUUGAUUCCGGGCGUGAAGCAGGACCUGCUGGCCAACGGUGCCGUGGACGUCCCCCUCGUGACGUACCUGCCGUACCUGCAGAUGUCGACGCUGCAGCUCCUCGGCAUCUCUCACACGCUGAUCAACUGCAUCUGCAAGAAGUUCUGGCAGACCGUCCUGACGGUCGCCAAGAAGGGCCAGGCGGAGAAGUACAGCGGCUGGACCAUCGAGCCCAAGAAGCGUCGCGCCAUGCAGGAGCGGGCGGCGCACAUCGUCCUCCCCCCGGGCGGCCGGGGCUCCCCAUGCGUCGUGUCGUACGGCGCGUGGGUGAUGGAGGACUGGCUGCUGUUCAUCCGCACGACACAUUGGUAUAUAGUGGGGGACGCGCUGGACGGCCUGAUGCGCGGCGACGCUCGGGAGAUGUGGGAGAUAAUCGCGACGCUCGCGGUCUUCCACCUGAACGUCCCGAACGCGGGAGCCGUGACGCGGGCGCAGUGGCAGGAGCGUCGACGGGAGAUGCGCCGCCUCACGCUCCGUUUCGGGGAGCUGGCGGAGCGGAACGGCCACUACGAGUUCUGUUCGAUCUCCUUGCACGUCAUCGCGUGCCAGAUGUUCGAGCAGGAGACGCAGUUCGGCCCUUCCGGGAGGUCGAACGAGUUCUGGAUCGAGCGCUGCAUCGCCUGGGUGAAAGAGCAGAUCGUGUACCGCAUCACGAGCCGGCCGGAGUGGCGCAUGGUACACCACGGGGACGAGCGCUACAACCUGCACCGCUGCCACAACGGCGCCAGGACCGACGCAGUAGACGGAUGCGCCGUUGCGCUUCCCGCGACAGGCCCUGCGCUCCCCGAGGACGUGCAGCGGAAGGCGUCGACGAGGGCGCGGAUGAUCGACGUGGGGAAGAAGCUGCACGCGAGGGAUCGCAGGGGGCGGGUGAAGGCAGAGUGGACAGCGAGGGCGGACGAGCUGCAGCAGUUCGUGGAGGCGCGACAGGCUGAGGAGGCCGGCCGAGACGGGCAAGAGCUCGCGGCUGCUUGGAUGACCUUCCUGCCGGGGCUGCGAGAUUCGGGCGACCUCGCGGACUUUGUGGUGUGGAGGCAGCACAUGCGUGCAACGCCGGACGGACGCACGAAGAUACAGGUUGGGGCCGAAGGUAUCAAGCCCCCCCCUGGGCGGGCGUGCCUGCGCGACGCGUCCUGGGUGGGGGUGGAAUGGGAGGAGGAGGCCGGCGACCUGGUGUACGCGUGCAGGGUGCGGGAGCUCGCGCAAGUGAGGAUACCGCGGUACGAGGUCGGGGAUGAUCCCCUGCCUCCGCUGCUGCUGGCGCGCGUGGAUGUCUGGUGCCCGGGGUACCCGCGGUCCACGAGGAUGCGGACGCUGCACGAGGGCUUCAAGGGGGAGACGAAAUGGAUCUGGCUCUGGCAGGUCGACCACGUUUGCGCGAUGGCGCACGCGCCCAAGGUGGACAAGGACGGGCGCGCGGACGGCAAGUUGUCACACGCGUUGAAGGUGAUGCCGUGCGGCGAGUGGGAGCUGCACGACGUGACCACCCCGCGGCGCGGUCCGGACUGA